AUGGCUACGGCUCUUACAAGCAACAAAGGCUAUGGCUACGGCUCUUACAAGCAACAAAGGCUAUGGCUACGGCUCUUACAAGCAACAAGUGCUAUGGCUGGUGACUCGGAGUCGUGGGGCUUACCUGAGGGAGGUCCGUGGACGAAGUUGGUCGAUGCACCAAUAAAGAGUCUUCCAAUUCUUGAGUAUCUUAUCCAAAUCCUUGUUUUCCAAGAGAGACCAGCCGAGUGUAAUUGUAUUGCAAGUGCACGUCAAGAGAGAUUCCAGAGUGAACCAAUAGGAACUCGUGAUACUAAUUUUUUGUGGCCACGAAGUGAAAACUGGUCUGAAAAGAGGACCAGGAAUAGACGAGAGGUUGAGAUCCUCAACAAGUCCCAAAUUCCUGGACAUCUUGUUCCACAACAAAUGUUGAUUCUUUAA